AUGUUUGUCAAGAAGUUUAAGAGGUUCAUGAGGAAGAACAACCCACAAAGCUCUCUAGCAACACCAUCUUCCUCAAUUCGGAGAAACUCUGAGAGGUCAAAUACCUUGAAGAGUAGGGACUCCGAGGAGUUGCAAUCUCUAUGCUACAAUUGCAGGAAGCCAGGGCACUGUAAGGCGGAAUGCCCUUAUCUGGUGGUCCGGAAGCACCAAGACAAACCAAGGAGUGCUGGCAACAGUAGCAACCCGAGGAAUUCCCCUGGAGAAACAAGUGGUCGAAGCGCUAACAACUCGUCUAGUCACACAAAAGGUGACAGGAGGAUAAAGGCACUAGUGAUAGAAGAGUCAGUCGAGAAGGCGACACCUGAGCAGUGCACCUCCAGCUCGAGUUCAGAGAGCGAAAGCUCAGGUGAUGAGAAGGGACUCAUAUGUCUCUACAACCAGCAAGAUUCUGAUGAGGACUUAUGCUUGAUGACAAAAGACGAAGAGUAUGUGAAGAACACUCAUGCCAAAUUCAAAGAAGAGGAUGCUCAACUAUUGGCUGAAUGCGAAUCUAUCAAGAGCAUUGUGCUAAAAAAUAAUGAGAUGAUGAGCAUAAUAAGCCAGUUUGAGAAGCAAAUUCUAUCACUUAAGGAAGAGUAG